AUGGCACUUCGAUUAACCAAGCUAUGUCGAGUUUUAACGCCCUCGAGUGCCAAUAUACUCUCAUCUAAUACAGUUCAUACCUCAUCAACAGACAUGCUGAAAACAUCUGGUCUGAACUGGAAGGAAUCUUCCACCAAACAUGCAAGCCAAACAAAGACGCGGGGUAUUGAUAUCAUCCGCAACCCAAGAAUAAACAAGAGUUUGGCUUUCACCCUAAAAGAACGUCAGAUAAUGGGUAUUCAUGGCUUGCUGCCUCCAUGUAUCAUCACUCAGGACCAACAAGCAUAUCGUGUCCUGGAGAAUUUUAGGCGUCGACCCACUGAUCUGGAUAAGUACAUCUAUUUGACUGCUUUACUUGACAGGAAUGAGCGUCUCUUCUACAGAGUGCUCGUUGAACAUGUUGAAGAGAUGAUGCCCAUUGUCUACACCCCCACUGUUGGGCAGGCUUGUCAGGAGUAUGGUCUGUUAUUCAGACGUCCCAGAGGCUUGUUCAUUUCAAUCAAAGACAAGGGCCACAUUUUUGAUAUCUUGUGCAAUUGGCCAGAUCGGAAUGUAAAGGCAGUUGUUGUGACUGAUGGAGAACGUAUUCUUGGUCUUGGUGAUCUGGGUGCCUAUGGUAUGGGUAUUCCAGUUGGCAAGCUAUCUUUGUACACUGCUCUGGGUGGAAUCCAGCCAAGCAAAUGCCUCCCCAUUUUAUUAGAUGUUGGAACAAAUAAUGAGAAAAUUCGUAAUGAUCCAUUGUACAUAGGUUUAAAUAUGCCACGUGUUACUGGUCCUCGAUAUGAUGAGUUUAUUGAUGAAUUCAUGCAGGCUGUUGUACGCAGAUAUGGGCAAAAUACUUUGAUCCAAUUUGAAGAUUUUGCAAACCACAAUGCUUUCCGGUUUUUACAAAAGUAUAGGGAUCAGUAUUGUACAUUCAAUGAUGACAUCCAAGGCACUGCAUCUGUAGCAGCUGCUGGAAUUAUUGCUAGCAUGAGAAUCACAAAGAGAAAAUUAGUUGACAAUAUAUUUUUAUUCCAAGGAGCUGGAGAAGCCAACAUUGGUAUUGCCAAUUUGGUGGCAUUGGCAAUGAUUGAGAGUGGGGCUACAAAAGAAGAAGCCUUCUCUAAGAUUUGGAUGGUAGAUUCCAGAGGCCUCAUCGUAAAGGAUCGUCCAUCUGGUGGAAUAACUGGGCACAAAGCCCACUUUGCUAAAGAUCAUAGACCAGUAGACACUUUACAGGAAGCAGUUGAAAUCUUAAAACCUACAGCACUAAUUGGAGCGGCUGCUGUUACUGGAGCCUUUACGGAAAAGAUAAUUCGUGACAUGGCUAAAUUUAAUGAGCGACCAAUCAUAUUUGCUCUCAGUAAUCCAACUAGUAAAUCUGAGUGCACAGCAGAACAGGCUUAUACUUUCUCCGAGGGUCGCUGUGUGUUUGCCAGUGGCAGUCCAUUUGAUCCAUUCACUUUUAAUGGAAAAACAUAUUACACUGGACAGGGAAAUAAUGCUUACAUUUUCCCUGGUGUUGCUUUGGCUGUGCUUACAUGUGGAGCUCGGCAUGUACCAGAAAUCCUUUUCCUUCGUGCUGCUCAGACAUUGGCAAGUUUGGUAUCUGAUAGCCACUUGAGUGAAGGAAGAGUGUACCCACCCUUGAAUACUAUUACCAAUGUGUCUGUGUCAAUUGCUGCAUCACUGGCUGAAUAUAUGUACAAGGAGGGAAUUGCUGGUACUCAUCCGGAGCCGAAAGACAAGGAAGCGUUCAUACGCACAUUCCUUUACAAUACUGAAUAUGAAGAUUUUGUACCUCCUCAAUGGGAUUGGGAGGAUGAGUAA